GACAACAUUAAUAUACGUCUACUGCUACAUUUAUUCCGAAAUUUGGUCGCUAUUAAAGAUCUAACAGAUCACAACAUACCACGAACUACUUUACAGAACAAAUUAAUUAUUUUAUACGAACAAGAAGGGAUUUUGAAGACUCUUUUCAACCUCGCUUCUGAUAACAAAGAACUGUCGCAAUGGAAUAUGAUAAUUCAAGAGAUCUUUUAUCAUGUAUUUUAUGAUGUAGAGCCACAGUUCUUAUUAAAGGAACCCAAAAAGGAAGCGGAAAAAAGAGCAAAAAAAUUAUUAGAGGAGGAGCAGGUUAAAAAAUUAAAAAUUCAAAAUAAAGACACUCGAUAUAAUGGAUCUGUCUGGAUUCAAGUGCCACCG